GUGACCCGGACCUGUUUCUCCAUCGAACUCCCGUCUCCCUUUCAUCAUAUACCGCAACAGAAUUAAUUCUGAAGGAACCACAAAGUUCGAGAUCUGUGACCAUUUCGUAACAUUUUCUUCGCAUUGAGAGAGUGAUAGAAAGAUUGGAGUUUUUGUUUAGAGAAAAAGCUGAAUCUGUGGUGGAUCAGCAAUGGAUUCCCCGCGAGGAGGACCGGAGAGAGACAAGGCGAACUCAACUUCUUCUUCUACUCCCCUCGCUGCCAUCGCCAGCUUCUGGAAAGACUUUGAUUUGGAGAAAGAAAGGAGUAUACUAGAUGAGCAAGGACUUAGGAUAGCUGAAAAUCAGGAGAACAGUCAGAAGAACCGACGAAAACUUGCAGAGAGCACGCGAGACUUUAAAAAAGCUUCAACUGAAGACAAGUUGAGCUUGUUCAACUCUUUGCUCAAGGGGUACCAAGAAGAGGUUGACAAUCUUACCAAGAGAGCUAAGUAUGGGGAAAAUGCUUUCCUUAACAUUUAUCAAAAAUUGUAUGAGGCACCAGAUCCUUAUCCAGUCAUUGCUUCAAUUGCUGAAAAGGAUUCAAAACUAUCAGAAUUAGAGUCUGAGAACCGAAAAAUGAAGGUUGAACUUGAAGAAUUUCGCAUGGAAGCAACUCAUCUGAAAAAUCAACAGGCGACAAUAAGAAGACUUGAAGAGCGGUGCCGCCAGUUAGAGCAACAGAUGGAGGAAAAAGUCAAGGAAAUUGUUGAAAUCAAGCAACGCAGUUUGGCAGAAGAGAACCAGAAAACCCUUGAGGUUUUAAAAGAAAGGGAACAAUUACUGCAGGAUCAAUUACGCCAAGCUCAAGAAAGUGUUUCUACCAUGCAAAAGUUGCAUGAACUUGCACAAAGCCAGUUGUUUGAAGUUCGUGCGCAAUCAGAGGAAGAGAGAGCCGCAAAGCAAUCAGAAUUCAAUCUCCUAAUGGAUGAAGUUGAACGGGCUCAAGGUCGCCUUCUUAGUCUUGAAAGAGAAAAGGGAUUGUUGCGCUCACAAUUACAGACUGCACACGAAGAUAAUGAUCACAAGAACAGUGAUAAUUUGGAUGCAGAUAGUGCUCUUGAGAAUUCUCUGUAUGCCAAAGAGAAGAUAAUCUCUGAACUAAAUGUGGAACUUCAUAAGUUGGAGAACACCUUAUCAAAUGAGCGAGAAGAACACAUUAAUGAGAUAAAGAAGUUGAAUUCUCUGCUUAAUGAAAAGGAGGUUGCUCUUGAAGAACUAAAUAAGGAGCUUCAAACACGGCCUACAAAAAAGCUGAUAGAUGAUUUGCGGAAGAAAGUAAAGAUCUUACAGGCUGUGGGUUAUAAUUCAAUUGAAGCUGAAGAUUGGGAAGUUGCUACCAGUGGGCAAGAGAUGAGCAAACUUGAGUCAUUACUUCUUGACAAGAAUCGAAAAGUGGAGCAUGAGCUAACACAAUUGAAGGUCCAACUUUCUGAGAGGACUUCUUUGCUGGAAUCGGCCGAAGCAAAGGUUGUAGAGCUGACUGCCAAGGUUAAUGAACAACAAAGGUUAAUACAGAAGCUAGAGGAUGAUAUUCUUAAGGGAUAUAGUUCUAAAGAUAGAAAAAGUACUCGAUUUGAUGAUUGGGAUCUAUCAGAGUCUAAUGUAACAGAGCCUUUGGAGAAUGAAGAGCAGAGGCAUGUUUCCUCAGACCAAGAUCAAAGCUCGAUGCUUAAGGUGAUCUGCAACCAAAGAGACCGUUUCCGUACCCGUUUGCGGGAGACUGAAGAGGAAAUCAGACAGCUGAAGGAGAAGAUAGGAUCACUGACCUCAGAACUUGAUAAAACAAAAGCAGAUAAUGUCAAACUUUAUGGGAAGAUCCGUUAUGUUCAGGAUUAUAAUUCUGAAAGAGUGAUUUCAAGAGGAUCAAAAAAGUAUGUAGAAGAUUUAGAAGGUGGUUUCAACUCUGACGUGGAAUCCAAAUACAAGAAGAUGUAUGAGGAUGAUAUAAAUCCAUUUGCGGCGUUCUCGAAGAAGGCCUGCCCGUGUCUAUUGAUAUUGUUAGAUGUCGUGGAUCCUCAUUUUACCAAAUCUUUUUGCCCCCUGCAACAGGAAAGAGAUCAAAGAUACAAGGAAUUAGGUUUGAGAGACAAGAUUACUCUCAGUAGUGGCCGUUUUCUUCUUGGUAACAAAUAUGCUCGGACAUUUGUAUUCUUCUACACCAUUGGAUUGCACAUUUUAGUAUUCACCUGCCUAUACAGGAUGUCGGCAUUGAGCUACCUCAGCCAUGGCGAAGAAUCUAUUGUCGCUGAUAAGAAUCUCAAUCUUCCUCAUGCACUAUAGACUCCUUCAUUGUCUAAGAUUUUGCUAAUCACAAGGGAACAACUAAACUCUCCAUAUGAUGUAAAUAGUUGGAAAAAAAUGCAUUGGUUGUUUCAAUUAUUUGAUAGUGCGAAGAAAAUGAUAAAAACUAUAUUUACCACAGGGUUUCUUUCCUUAUUUUUACUAUUUUGCCCCUUGCUCCGCUGGUGGGUAUCCCAGUUUAUGUGCAAUAUACAAUUGAAAGAGUAAUGAGAAGUCUGAGAUAUAGACAUUUUCUUUGAA